CGAGCAAGACGCAAGUCGGCUAGACUUGUGCCACAGAGUUCGGCCCGGUUAGAUUUGUUAAUGCAAUCGUUCUAUCGCCGUUGCACAUUAUUUUUUACUAAUAAUACUGUACACGUUUAUCCUUUUAACAAAAUGUCUCUAGACAUCGCAGCUAUCGGUGCUCAGAAAGUUAAAGGAAUUCCUAGCGGUGAAUCCGUGGAGCUGAAGAGCAUUUGGCAGGACCAGGACACGGUGAUCAUCUUCUUCAGACGCUGGGGCUGCGUAUUCUGCCGGCUCUGGGCUAAGGAACUUGGCGAAAUAGCCCCGGUUCUGCAGAAGCAUGACAUAAAGCUAGUUGGAGUGGGGGUUGAAGAGAUUGGAUCCAAGGAGUUCAUUGAUGGAAACUUCUUCGAUGGAGAUCUGUACUACGUUGAAGAUCUGGCAACCUACCGCAAUCUGGGAUUCAAACGCUUCAACACCGUCAGCAUUCUGACCUCGCUGCUUUGGAAGCAGUCCAGAGACGCCAUCUCCAAGGGGAAGAGCAUGGACCUUGGCGGGGACCUGAAGGGAGACUGGGUGCAGACCGGGGGGGCGCUGCUAGUCAAGAGGGGGGGAGGGGCGUUGAAACACUUCGUGCAGACCGGCCCGGCCGAGCAUUAUCCGAAUAAGGAUAUCUUGCGGGCGUUUGGUUUGGAGCAUGAGUACAACCCAGAAACCAUGGCCAACAAGAAACCGGAUGAGAACGCUUGCCCGACAGAGUCGAAGCCCUAACUUCAAGCAGCAACUGCACACUAUAUGGGCGGAGCGUCGAUGUAAGCGAAGACGUUUGACACUAUAGUUUUCACAUAUUGGUUAGUACUAAAAAUAUUUGACACGUAGAAAAUUCACCAAAGACACUUAAAUCAAAAAAAAUAUCGGUGACUUUAAAUUUAAAAUUGAUUUUAUUUCGAAAUUAACGAUUGGUUCCAAUCAUAUAACGUGGUUAGCAACUCCCAUAGGUUUGUAUAUGUAGAUGGCGCCAUCAUAGCUUUUUGUAUUAAUAAACGUUUCAAUACAAACUGAUAGACACCGCCAUCAACAAAAUCGGUGCAGCCGUUAUGAUUCUAUAAUGUUUUAAAAAUAUGCGGCCGCCAUUUUGGUGAAUGUCCGCCAUCUUGAAUGCCAAUGGAUGAAAAUUGUGUUUUCUCGGAUGAAAUCAUUCGCAUUGGUCCCUAGUAGGUAUCACUGUGCUAAGUGCUUUCUGUAUAAAGUGCAUUUUUUUCCGUAAGCUCUAUAGCAUUAGAUUUGGCUUAAUGAGUUGGAAUCCAAGCCAAUAAAAUGUGAGAAAAAACAAGAAAAUGACACAUUUCUAAGGUUAAAGUGGGUAAGCGAUGCUGGCGCCAUCUGUUAAGUACUUCGACUAACCCUAAUUGGAUGGAAUUGGAAAUUAAUGAAAAUUAAAUUUCACUAAAAAUAAAAAUAAAAUAUGUAUGUAGAACUGUGUGCUUUAGGUUAUUAUAUAAUAUCGAAAAUUAGGUGUUUAUGUACAUAUGUACACUCUUCGCAGAAUAAAUAUUUUUCAUGGUAAAGAAUGGUAUAGAAAUGAGGAGGCACACUGACGUUUUAUCCCGCCAGGCGGCGCCUGUGCAAGUGUCUAGGCAUGUCACCGUCAUUCAUAUGUGAGAGAGAGAGAAAACAAAUUUAAUAUCAUAUCGCUCUCACGUAUGAAAUUCUUUAUCUGAGCAAUGGACUAAUUGGGUGGCGCCAUCUGUCAUAACCUUUGAGUGUGCCUUCUCAUAGUCAUAUGUUUCUGGUCCAGCUUUACAUAUUUAAACGCCAAAUUAUAACGUUUAUUUAACAUGUAACAAAAUCAACCUUAUCAAAAUCGCUGUUAACUUGACUUGGACUGAAUCUAAUUUAAUAAUAACUAUUUACGGGUUUAAGUAUGGGUAUGUUUAAAAAAGCGGAAAACUAGACAUAAAAAGUGAUUGGGCCAAAAAUCU